UAGACUUUCUAGCUAUGGGGGGAUGGGGGGUAUUUGGUUGGUGGGUGGUUGCAGCAUAGAGAGAGGAAGGGAGGGGGAAGAGAGGGAGGUGAGGUUUUUGGUAUAUAAAACAAGAGGUACAAAAGAGCGAUGGAAAUGCCUACCUGAACCUUUUUAACUCUCUUAUUCAGCAUCACCUACAAUGAAACCCAACCUUGAGUACAAGUGAUCAACAUUCCAUGUCUUUGUUCAUUAGACUGUCAGUGGAGCAUCAACCAUACAAGUGAGAAUGACGCAGAGGAUUGCCCUGCUAUUGCUCUGCUGCCUGUUAACAACAACAACAUCUUCUCCAGUCUAUCCACUUAGGUUCGGUCAGAGAGCAACUGCGAUACUGAUGACCUCUUCUAUUGAGGAUCCAAUGCAAUUACCAGCAGAUACUUCAUCCCAAACACCAGAUGCUGAGUUUAGGUUUGGAAGACAUGCCGACGCCAUCUUUACCAAUAGCUACCGAAAGGUUCUUGGUCAAAUAUCUGCCAGAAAAUUUCUUCAAACUGUUAUGGGCAAAAGACUUGGACCAGAAACUCAAAACUAUGUGAAACGCCAGUCAGGCAUAUAUGGAGACACCUUCAAGCAAGACGUGGAUAUGGAUGUCAUUGAGAGGGAACAAAGCUACAGAGAACCACAAAGACUUAAGUUCUCAGUAGUUACAUAAUAACACGAAUAAAAAAAACUGUGAACAGUUUUUUGCAUUUGCCACAUUUUACACUGGAUUAUUAAAACUCAUUACACUCUUCAUAUAGUUCUUUUGCGUUUUUUGUGUAUUUUCACAGGAAUCAGGAGUCCCUAUUUAAAAAUACACAAACAAGUACAUAUGGUUGUAUAGUGGUAUACAGGGCCAUCGCUAGGAAUUCUGGGCCCUGUGCACUGAAUUUGCUAUGUUGCUGGGUUUAAAAUGUUACCAAACCGUUUUGGUUACCCUUUACUUCUACUGUACGAACAAACUUAUGUUAAUUUUUGGGUGAAUCUCCAUUUAAGUGUAUUAUUUGUAAAUAAGUUCCUAAUUUAAAUAAGAU